UAUAUAUGCAUCUCCAUCUUCAUCUAACUUUUACCCCUCUACCCCUCCAACCGUCGAAACUCUCACUUCCCUACCACCACAAUAACCACCAUCAGAAUGCCCUCACAAGACGUCCCCCUACCAGAGCCAUUUGCUUCUGUUCCUCGAGAAACCCUGACCUUCGGCCCCUCACCCAUCCAAUACCUCCCUAACAUCACUGCCGCGCUAGGCGGAAAAGUCAACAUCUACGCUAAACGCGAAGAUGUCAACAGCGGCCUCGCUUUCGGGGGCAACAAGACCCGGAAACUUGAGUACCUCGCGUCCGACGCCCUCGCUCAAAAGGCAGAUACGUUGGUGUCGAUCGGCGGCUUCCAAAGCAACCACACGCGGCAAGUCGCGGCCGUCGCGCGGAAGCUUGGCCUCGAAGUUGCGCUUGUACAGGAAAAAUGGGUUGAUUGGGACGACAAAAAUGGCGUUUACGACAAGGCGGGGAAUAUCCAGCUUUCGCGGCUGAUGGGCGCAGACACGAGACUCGAUAUGUCCGGCUUCGGGAUUGAACAUAAAUUGACCCUCAAGAACUUGGAGGAGGAAAUCAGAGCCAGGGGCGGAAAGCCAUAUUACAUCCCUGCAGGAGCAUCAGAUCACCCAUUGGGCGGCUUAGGCUUCGCCAGGUGGGCGUUUGAGGUUGAGAUGCAGGAGAAGGAGCUCGGUGUAUUCUUUGACACUGUGAUUGUGUGCGCAGUAACAGGGAGUACAAUGGCGGGCAUGAUUGCGGGCUUCAAGCUCGCGCAGAAAGUAAACGGGAGCCGCAAGCGGAAGAUCAUUGGGAUUGAUGCGUCAGCGACGGUGGAGCAGACAUUUGAGCAAAUAUUGCGCAUUGCAAAGUUCACAGGUGUCAAGAUAGGUUUGGACGAGGAGGAUAUCACGGCGGAGGAUGUGAUAUUAGAUGAUCGGUAUCACGCUGGUGUGUAUGGGAUUCCAGAUGAGGCGACCAUUGAGGCGAUCAAGUUUGGGGCCAGGACUGAGGCUUUCAUUACGGAUCCUGUGUAUGAAGGGAAGAGCCUGAAUGGGAUGAUGGAUAUGGGUUUAUUGUCUUGCUGCCGGAUUGUAUUCAGAGUAAAGUCGUAG